UUCCGACAGAUGGCGCUCAUUGCAAGAGAAGAAUGAAGAAAAUAAAAUGAUUCAAAAGUUUAUUAGCUAAACGCAGUUCUCGUUUUAUUGUCGAACUAUAGUGCUUACAAAGCUUGAGGUCAUGUGUCCUUUAUGGGGGUUUUAGGAACAGAUUUAGGAACACAGGGUUUUAGGAGCAGAGUUCAGCGGGGUGUGGUGUAAAUUAGUAGUUAGUAGGCGAUACUUGUGCAGCAGUGCAGUCAUUUCAUUGCAGUUUUCACUGGGUUGUGUUUUAGUAUAGAAGUCAGAUACUUGUCAAAAAAUGUCUUUGGAAAUAUACUUGGAUUUGUUUUCGCAGCCAUGUCGCUCUGUUUACAUCUUUGCCAAGAAAAACAACAUCCAGUUCGAUUACAAGAAGAUUUCGCUUUUUGAAGGUUAUCAAUAUAGUGAAGAGUAUGGGAAAAUCAACCUGCUAAGAAAAGCACCAGCAAUCAAAGAUGGAGACUUUUUCUUGGCUGAAAGUGUUGCGAUUAUGCUCUACCUGGCUGAGAAGUUCCACACUCCGGACCACUGGUACCCAGCUGACUUGCAGAAGCGUGCUAGAGUAAAUGAAUAUCUAUCAUGGCAACACUCUGCCAUACGUAUACAUGGAUCCAAGAUGCUCUGGUUCAAGCUCUUGAUUCCAAAAGCUUUAGGAGUUGAGAUUCCCAAGGAAAAGAUGGACAAUGCAGUAGAGGAUCUUAAUGCAUCACUGAACCUUUUUGAGGAGAAGUUUCUGCAAGACAGACCAUUCGUUGUUGGUGAUCAGAUCUCAUUGGCCGAUCUGGUUGCUAUUGUGGAAAUCAUGCAGCCUGUAGGUGCUGGUAUGGAUGUGUUUGAGAAUAGACCCAAGCUCAAGGCAUGGAAGGACAGAGUCAGAGCAGAAAUUGGGGCUGAGCUGUUUGAUGAGGCCCACCAGGCAAUCCUCUAUGCCCAGGAGGCAGUGAAAACCAUGGACCCCAAAAAGAUGGAACACUUUAAACCCAAAAUUUUGAGAUAUUUCCUCUCAUAAACAAACUGGUAGACAUUGUUGGUUAAAACAGACAUUUAUUCAUGAAAAAAAAAACUACUUUAUAAUUUUCUAAAUACACUUUCCAUUUUGUGUAAUCACUAAGAAUGAAAUCCGGUUAAAUUGAAUAUGACAUAUAGCCUUUGUCAUAUUUCAGUGAAUGAAUGCAAUAAUCAAUCUUUCUGUGUUAACUCGACCUCAUAAAAAGAAGCAAACUUUGAACGUUUCCAGCUGUGUUCGCUCUCAAAUUCUGAAUUGCUGCAUUCACUGUGACCUUAUCAUUUGAAAAACUAGGCAAUAACACAGACACUCAAUACAGCAUUGUUUCAGAAAAUCACUUAACACCCAUGGGAAGGAGCUGGGAGGAAUGUUUCCUCCCUCUGUGUUUAUGGAAUGUAAUCAGAUAUUAUAUGAUUUCCUGCAGAAUACUCCGCAUGAUAAGGAAUAGCAUUUUGUUAAUUUCUUGUAGAGAAAAGGGGUCCAUUCAGUCAGCAGCAUUUCCAUUAAAUCUCUCUAAUAUUGUCAAUAAAUGUAUUUUUUGUUAUCAGUC